AUGCUCACCAACAACAAGGCGGCAGAUGUGGAUGAUGGCAUCCGGCUGUUGGACGAGAAGGACUUUAACACCGCCAUCAUCGAAACCUCAGAAUGGCUUCCAUCGGAUGACAGGCGUUCCGACGAAGCUACCCGCUUUCUGGACCCUGAGAAGGCGGACGUUGAUGCCGCCGCCGAUCACCACCCCGCGCCAGAAGCUUCGCCGUCCGAAUUAGCCGGCCGCGAACCGUUCGAUCCCAUCUUGUGGUCCGCUAAGAAGCGGUGGACUCACAUCUUAGUGGUCGCCUUCAUUACAUGCGUCACUCCCUUAGCCUCCGCCGUAUACACGCCGGCGUUAGACCAAGUGAUCCGCGAUUUCGGCAUCGAGGACGACCCCUCGCUGGCGCACCUGACGGUGUCGGCGUACGUGCUGGGGUUCUCGGCCGGGCCGCUGCUGAUUGCGCCGCUGAGCGAGGUGUUUGGCAAGAGGCCGGUGUACCAGGUCAGCAAUGUGCUUCUUCUCCUCUGUAAUCUGGGCUGCAUGGUCGCGCCGUCGGCGGAGUGGCUCGUCUUCUUCCGGUUUCUGGCGGGGUGCGCCGGGGCGAGCCCGAUCACGCAGGGCUCCGGGACGGCGACGGACGUGAUGCUGAAGCAUGAGCGGGCGCGGGCCUUGUCGGUGAUGGCGUUCGGAAGCGUCUGCAGUCCUGCGGUCGGGUCUGCGCUCGGAGGCGGGAUCGCGCAGGUUUGGGGUUGGAGAGGAUGCUUUGGUUUCUUGAUUUUUAUGUGUUUGAUGAGUACCGUCCUCACGCAGGUGUUCAUGCGCGAGACGUACUUGCCGGUGCUUCGGCGAAAGUACGCCGCAAUGGGCAUUGUUGGUAACGUUGACGGUGAGGUGGACGAGAGCAAGACCGUUGCACCCAAGCCGUUGCGGUCGCUGCUCUACAAGGCGGCGAUACGGCCGUUGACCUUAGCCUUUGAGCCUAGUAUCUUGCCGGCCAUCAUGGUUACAUCGUUCUUCUACGGCCUCCAGGUUUGGCUGUACAUCGAUGUGCCGAUGACUUACAAGACGGUAUAUGACUUCAACACCGCCGAGGCCGGUCUGGCAUUUGCCGGCAUGGGCGUCGGCAUGUUCACCGGACUCCUCAUCUUCGGCUUUCUGAGCGAUGUCGUGGUUUCCAGACUCGCGCGGGGUGGUGACAGGCUUCCAGAGCACCGUCUCCCGCUGCUGAGUGCCGCUGCUCUCCUGGUCGUGGGUGGCAUGAUCAUAUUUAACAUGACUGCUCGGCCGGGCGUGUCCUACUUGGUGCCCCUGUCGGGCGACUACAUCAUUGGUAGCGGGCUGUUUGCCAUCACUAUGACAUCGGCCGUGUACAUCAUUGACCUUUCACCCCAGCACGCGGUGGCGACCAGCGCCUCGCUUGCUCUUCUGAGAUACCCCUCCGGAGCAUUGUUUCCGCUGGCGGAGCAAGCUUUGGAGAAUUUGACCAGCAACAGUACCGCAAAGUGGCUCAUCACAGCCGCUGCGGUUUCGACAGUGCCACUUGUGGUUUGGCUGCAGUACAACUGCGAGAGAUUCCGGGCUAGACUUCGGGAGUCCCUCUGA